GCCCCUUGGGAUUGAGCGUGAGCGCAGCGCUUGCGGUCUUCGCUGCUGCAGGCGUUGCACAUAGUGCUUUCAUCGCAUAGGAGAAACGCGUCUCUGGCGGUGGGGGUAUGGCCAAGGGUUAAAGCACCGUGCACGUUAAACAAUAAAGACGCUAAUUCUUUACAGUUAAUAUAUGGUUUAACUUUUUUCGCGUGAGUUUUUUUCUUCCCUCGUGGAGGGGAGCGGAUCGUCCUUCGCAGUUUUACUUGAGUGAGGAAACUAUCGAGGAUGGAUUUAUAAUUUCAGGAUGUUGUUCUGAAACAAAGGGGAAAGGCACACCGCUGUUUGACUGUUGUAGCUUCAUCUCCGAACUCCUGGAUGGGAAAAUGGAAGUUGACGGGCAGUGGUGGAAAGACCAGCUCGCCGCAGACAUACAUCAAUCUCUGCGCAUCAAGGAGCUGAAGCUGCCUCUAUACCGAGCCCAGUCGCCCCAGAUCGGCCUGAGGCGCUACUUCGCCGACCUGCUGGCCAUCCUCAGUAAUCGCUACCAGCUGUGUCCGACCGCCCGGCACCUGGCCGUCUACCUGCUGGACCUCUUCAUGGACCACUACGAAGUGGCCAUCAAGCAGCUAUACGUUAUCGCUCUCUCCUGCCUCCUGCUGGCCAGUAAGUUUGAGGAGAAGGAGGACCGUGUGCCCAAGCUGGAGCAUCUGAAUGCGCUGGGCUUCAUGUGCAGCCUGAACCUGGUGCUCGGGAAGCGCGACCUGAUCCGCAUGGAGCUGCUGCUGCUGGAGACCUUCGGCUGGAACCUGUGCCUGCCCACGCCCGCGCACUUCAUUGACUACUACCUGCGCGCCUCCGUGCAGGAGAGCGACCUGCACAACGGCUGGCCGCUCUCCUCCCAUUCCAAGACGCUGGCCUUCAUGGACAAGUACGCCCACUACUUCCUGGAGGUGUCUCUGCAAGACCAUGCCUUCCUGAGCUUCCGGCCCUCUCAGGUGGCGGCGUCCUGCAUCGCGGCCUCACGCGUCUGCCUGCAGAUCCUCCCCAGCUGGACCAGCGCCCUGCACCUGCUGACCGGAUACACCUGGGAGCACCUGACCCCCUGUGUCGAGCUCAUGCUGCUUGCUCACGACAGUGACGUAAAGGAAGCUAACAAAUCCAAAUCGGCCCCGAGCCCGGCCGUCCUGCAGCCGCGUGGCCAGCCCGCCCCCCCCUCGCCCGCCUCUCUGGACAGGCAGGCAUCCGCCUCCUCCCAGCACCUGAUCUUCCACCCGGGGGGCUACGCGCACCUGAGCCAACACUCUGCGCCCGUAUCCCAGCUGCACGUGAUACCCGACACCCAGGCUUUGGGGCCUGUGCUAUCACAGGACUACCUCCAGUCCCACCGGACGGACCUAUUCUCCGGCACGUCAGCAGGGGGCGCCGUCCACCCGUACCCGAACUUGGCAUCAGGAUUGCGGGCCGUGCCUCUUCAGGGUCCCCUGUCGAUGCAGGUGGCCGUCGCCGCAGAAGCGCGUCACUGCCUGGGCGUGGCCUACAGCGCCGGAUACCUGGGGUCUCGUCACACCUUCGCUGCCGGCUGCUUUGACAGGUGACAGGUGCUGUCACACCUGCGGGGCACAAAGUGUCCGUCUGCUUCUCCGCGACGUCCAUUUCUCGGUUGCCAAAGGGAUUGAACGAGUCUUGUCUGCCCUCCAUUCUUUUUAAACCUCAGAAAAUGACUGUGAUGAUGUAGCUGAAAAUAUACAGUCCUGCCGAUUUAAAAAAAAA